CGCAUGAGCUACAGCAGCAGCCACCAAGAGGAGACAGAACGCGAGAGAGACUGGUGCCGCUGCUGUGCGGGGAACAAGCUGCUGUCUGUCAAUGCUCCACCGAAGAGCUUUAUAGAGACAAGAGAAACCGAGGCACAGCACAGGAGCGAAGAAGAAACAAUACCAGGGAGGUCUGCGGAAGAGAACAAGAGGAACACUUCAUACCGGCAGACAGUGCCUGCCGUAUCCCUCCACGCGCACAGACACACACCUUCAUGUUGUGGGAUUAAUGAUCGUAAAGAGACACCGGUGCGUAAAGUUGAUGAGCUGACCCGCCCGUCUCCCGCUUCCACGUCUAACAUUCUUCCUGACAUUUUUGGAGGAUCGCUGUGUUCCUGAGCCCCCGGCUCCAGCGUGGAUUUUGAAACCCAUCAUAGUGUCUUUGUCUGUGGAUGAGCGAGGCUCUGUGGAUGGUAAGCUUUCCAGCGGAGCGCUGCUGGGAGACACUGGAACGGUCCCUGUGAACGUGCCAUAUGCGUGUGGAAGAUAUGGAUUUGCUUUUGCUAUAGCCAAGAUUUGCCGCGGUUUUUUGAAAUAUUCAUUUUUCAUUUUUUGACUGUGUGCGUGCUGUUUAUUUAAUAUUAUUGUUGUUAUUAUUAUUAUUAUUAUUAUUAUUUACUCUUAAACGACCACAGAGAUUUGAAGACUCAUCGUGCGGAAUUACAACCAUGAACUUUGUUGUCAGUUUGGUACACAUCCUUUUGGCAGCAGUUCUUCACCUACCUACUGUAAAGACUGCCAGCAUUAACAAGGGAGUGGAGAAGAGUAAAAAUGAGGUCAUCCCUCUCACAGAAGUCAUCACCAAGAGCAUGUGUAAGCCCAGGGAGGUGCUGGUGGACAUCAUCCAGGAGUAUCCGGAGGACACAGAACACAACUACAUUCCUUCCUGUGUGGUCCUCAACCGCUGUGGAGGCUGCUGCAAUGACGAAGCGAUGGAGUGCGUACCCACGGAAACCCACAAUGUCACGUUGCAGGUAAUGCGGUUUAGACCAAGGGUAACUGAACACACUAUUGACUUAAGUUUCACAGAGCAUCAGAAGUGUGAAUGCAGAUUGAAGCCAGAUGUUCAAGCAAAGAAAGAAUACCACUGUGCGCCUUGCUCAGAGAGAAGAAAGCGCUUGUUUGUGCAGGACCCUCUCACCUGUAAAUGCUCCUGCAAAUUCACACAAUUAGACUGCAAGUCCAGGCAACUUGAGUUAAACGAAAGAACUUGCAGAUGUGAUAAACAGAGGAGAUGAGACCAGCAACACUGUUAUGAAGGAAUUCUUUUCUUGGCACAGCACUUUGAAACCUGAGGAUGCAUUCCUUGCAAGGACACAGAACGACAAUGCAAGACAGGACAUUCUGGAUGCACAUCUUGCCACUGUCUGUUUUCCGCCUAAAGAUAUUAAUAUAUAUGUACGUAUACUAAAAGUACAUCGACAAUGUGUAUUGCUGCUACAUAAAAAGACAUUAUUUAAGCAAAACGAAUGCGCCACUGGCGCGUGAAUGGGAAAAUGUUUCAAUGGCGUUCUGCUCGUGAGUAGAUCUGAUAGAAGAAAUUUGUUAUUUUAUGUAACACUUCACUGGAUGCUGGUCUGCUGUGGAUUUGAAAAUCUUAAAUAUUUCAAGUGACAAAAACUGGUGACUUUGACGAGUGGUGCAGCAGAAGCUGAACUUGCCUCCGAGCCCCGACAGAAGAGAAUAAGAGGAGAAGGAGGGGGGAUGAGGAGGUGGAGGUGGAGGAACAUCUGUUGUACUUGAACUGAACGCCACGUCCAAGAACGGCUUCCCUCUGUGACAUGAUGUGAAGUUUUGAGACACCAUGGUGUGAGAAUACACCUGAAACGUCUCUCAGAGUUUCCCGAAGUGACUGUGGAUGCAGGUUAUGUGCCAUGGUGAUGGAUAAUGUGAAGAUGACCUUCUUUCCUCACGGAAGGGUUAUGUGACGAUGGCAAAAACUAAACUUAAGCUCAGCUGCUGGUGAUGUUUUAGCAAGUCAAAAGAUUUUAGUCAAUUUUGGGUCAGGGUUAGGUCUGUCCUCAAGUGUGGGCAAGUAAACACUGUUAGUGUUAAAUUUAAGGAUAGGUUGAUUGAGUUUCCAUCAGGGUUAAAGGUAUGAAACCACUACCUGUGUCUGGGCCUGCCUCCUUCAUGUAACCCUUCCCUCGUGGGAAAUAUGAUUUGUCUCUCUUUUUGUGCACAGAGUUUAUUAUUAUUUACAUUUUUAAGGAAUUGUGUUCCUUUCACAAAAUGUUGCAAGACCAGGCUGUCUAAAGGGAUACUACUGUGGGUAUAUAUGGAGACAAAAAGUGACUAGACAAGCUGAUCACAGGUCAGAUCAGCACCUCACUGUAGAAAUCCACAACCUUCCAGUUUCCUUAUUUAAUGCCUUUGUGUGUGUUCCAAAGAAAUAGUCAGGCAUCCACAACAGAGCAGUUUAUCAUAACGAUCUGUAUAUACUUACUAGAUAUCUCUUUGUCUAGUACACUACAUCUAAUUUAUAGAAUAUCCUAAGUAUUCUGUAUUCUGAUAUUUAUAUGCAGUGUUAAGGUUAUUUUUGUUUGUACUUCUCAACUGUUUUCAGUCUGUCUGGAAAUUGAAUGGAGAACACGUAUGACUGUAGACUCCUUUUUUGUGGGAAAAAGGACUGAAAGACAAUGCUUUGACAUUCCUAAAUUUAAACUAAAGCUGUGUUUCUCACCAGCUGGAGGGGGAUCAUGGUGGGCCUGUUGACCGUUAGAAACCCCAGCCACCAACAUGUGCGCGAAUGAUGCGCCAACACAGGUGUUUUUUCAUUUUGGACUGGGGUGAUGGGACAUGUGGUUUUGCACUUGUGGGCCCAAAUGCACGUCAUAAGGAGGACUGAAGGAGUUUCGUUGCUGCUGCUCAGCUCGGACCUAAUUUAGUGAAGACUGUCCAAUUAGGCUGAGGCCUCCAGUCUGACGGUGGUGAACUAGCACAGUGUUUUCUCUGACUUUUACCUAGACACUAAUACCCAUAACCCCCACCCCCAAUAAGUAUUACACUGUUGUGUGGUUCAGCAGGAUUCAGCCUCUUACCACAAAUCAGACAUUUAUUUUAUUACUAAACUGUUACCACGAGGAAAAGAUGAGCCAGAAAAAAUAGGAAAUGAAAAUGUUGAAUAAAGUCGCAAGUUAUAUAUGGAAUAGUAAAUCACAAAGAAACAUUUAAGUUAAAAUAGGAACACUUAAAAAUACUGAUGUUAUAUAUAAGAUUAUUUUUUUUACUAAAAGGUGUGUUAUAACUUGAAACUAUCUUGUUACAAAAAAGUUUCUUGUUUUAACAUGAAAACAAAUGUGGCAUCAAUUUGCUCCCGUAAAGACCACUGUUAUUACAGUGUGCUAGCAUAUAUUAGAUAUAUAUAUACACAUAUAUAUAUAUAUAUAUAUAUAUAUAUAUAUAUACACAUAUAUAUAUAUAUAUAUAUAUAUAUAUAUAUAUACACAUAUAUAUAUAUACACAUAUAUAUAUAUACACAUAUAUAUAAUUUAUUUUUUAAAAUAAAUUAACAAUUAUGUGAUACAGUUGAUCUGGAGGCUGCUGCAUAUCAACGGUACAUAAAAAAAAAAAAAAUUGGACAAAUGCGAAAAAUAAUUUCGUUUUGACAUGUUUUAAUCCUAUGGAGGCUGCAAAGUAUCAGGGUACUCGUGCAAGAAUCGUUGUUUAUGCUCAUAAGUAAGUAUUAGUUAGUAUUUAUGCCCUCGAAAUAAGAACUUUUCUGCUCAUAUGAGUGAUUUUUACCCUGAAAUACCUUAAGAGAACCAAACAAUAAAUUAUAUUGAUAUUACUAUUUGAAACCUGAAAAACAGUAUAUACAUGUAACUCAUCAGAAAUUCUUUCAGUGUGUGUAACCAACAGCUAAAGCUGGCCAGCAGAGAAAACAAGGAGGGCUUAAAUGGACACUGUAAACUGUGUGUUAACCAUAUGAAGACACCUGAAAUUAUUAUUUAUUUAAAGCAAAGAAUCACUAACUUUUUGUAAAACAACUUAUUUAUUCAAAGGUGUGAACUCCUAACUGUACUACCUGCGAUGCUUCGCACAUUAUUGUCAGGAACAGUCAGGAGAUGGGUCAAGACUCAAAGUCAGUGAUUGUGACUUUAGACUUAGAUUUAUGGUGAAUAUAGUGAAUAUCCUGCCUGUGUUUCUGUUAGUGCCAGCUGUUGAAACUGCUGUUCAUGUGAACUGCCCUUCUGUGCUGCCACUGUCAAACUGGAGGCCUGAGGGUGUGUUCACUGAGCCCAGCUGCUGGCUCAGUGAACACACCUAUCCAGUCCUCUGAUCAUGACAACAUUCUAUUUGUAUUUACGUAAAUAACAGACUUUUUCUUGAGUUUGUACAGUCACUCAUUUUUAGUAUGUUUUCACAUUAAUAUAUUUAUUGGUGCUGUAAAAUGUUCUACAAUAUUAAUACUCUGUUGUUUUUAGUGUAAGUAUUAAAACAUAUUUAUUUUGAAAA